AGAGUGCGCUUCGAGAGGGGGCUCCCCGAAGCUCGAAGCUUUUGGUUCCAGUCAAGUCUGCGAGUUGAGCAAACAAUGAGCAUCUCUCUCCCACGGAGCCGGAAGAUGCAGAGAUCCCGUAGAAAGAACUUCCGGGUCGCAUCACCUCUGCUUGUCGCCAGUCUGCUGCUACUCUUUUCUCCUGCAAAAGCUGAAGAAGUUUGUGUUUCGAAAGGGGGUCGGUUCCCGCCGUACUCAUCCGAAGGGAGGCCUCCUAGAAAGGUGAGCAAAGGGCCCAAGGACUUGACCCUUUGCAGGGUGUUCCGCAGAAAGACCUGCUGUGAUGUGGCGCAGACUCAUGCUGCCUUAGUGACCGUUAGAAAGCUUGCUUUAACAGGAGAUGCCACCGAUGAGUGCGUGCAGUUGUGGGAGUUGUUAGAAUGCUCCAUCUGCGACCCUCGUGUUGGGGUUCAGCCCGGGCCUCCCCGCAUUUGUGCCUCCUUCUGUGAUAGAGUUUUCCAGGCGUGCUCUUCGGCUUACUUCUCUACAGAUGCUAUAACCCAGGUUUUGGCACCAUGUGGAACAACUGAAAUAAUAUGUGCAAGGGCAACGGAAUGGGUCUCCAAUGGCACAGACCUGUGUCAAGCUGCAGGCUUUGCUGUAAAAGUGCCACUAUACCCCGGCGAAGAAGAGACUUCUUGCUAUGGUAGUAAAGCUAGUCUGGACUCAAUAGCUGAUUCAUGGAAUUCCAAUUCUGAUGUUCCUGAAAAACUCGAGAAAGAGGCAGUUUUAGGAGAUUUCAUGCAGCAGAUGAAGGAGAUGCCAUUAAGGAAAAAGGUUUUCUGGGCAGUGGGAGGGAUGGUUCUUACUGCAGGACUGCUGGUCAUAAGCAAAAGAAAGGGCCAUAGCCAGCGGAAGAGGUUGGUGGCUAUUCAACAAGCUGCACGGAAAAUGGACUCCCAGAAAUCUGGCAGUUCAGCAAAAUGGAAAGGGAAAGGAAGACGCCUUACUGAUUAACUUUUUGUACAUUGCCCCACUGAUUGGUUUCUUUUAGAGGUGUAGAGCUGGUCCUGGAUGCUGAUAAGAGAAGAACCUGUUGGUGUCAAUGUAUGUGGAAUUGUAAUUCUGUUCCAAUGGAUGAAUGAGUACAGGUCUUUUGGUGCCUCUAUCCUCGUAUUUCCUUGGGAAAGGGUGACUAUCGUGAGUGAAACAGCUCUUAUAGGUAGAAUCGAUCCUCUUCUCUCGACUUUUCAAGUAGAUGUAUGAUCUGAUGAUCAAUCCAAGUUCAAUGCAUUGCAUAUGCCUGUGAAGGAUACCAUAUAUAAUCAAUACUCCCACAGGAUCUUUCUGAGUCGGUCAUUGGAUGGGUUUUUCAACAAUGUAAUGCCGAUGUUUUCUUUACAGUGCUUCCCUGAA